AUGAUAUCAUCAGAGCAAAGUUAUUCAGGUGUUGAUCUAGUUGUACCUAUCGUUCUUCGUAGUUACAAUGGAGAUACUCCACUUGCACAGGGAUUUCCAAUGGAAACAGACAAUUUUCAUAGACCAAUUAAUGGAGUCAUAUUUUUGAACACUAAGUUUAUACCUAAGGAUGCUCAGGAUGAAAGAUCAUGGGAGAAAACUUUCUUCCAAAUUUUAAUUCACGAAUUUUGCCAUAUAUUAGGCAUCUCUGAACCAUUUUUCAACAAUUAUCAUCCAUAUGAGACAAGACAAAGCCAUUCUCAGAUUACAUGCUCAUUCAGAAGGUUCGGAAAAGAUUAUACUUUCUUAGUUACGCCUUUCGCCCAUAAGUUUGCCAAGAAACGCUACGGAGUCGAAACAUUUCAAGGUGAUGGCAAAACAUGCCCUGCAGGUAUUGAACUUGAAAGUGGUGGCGGCGAAGGUUCUGCAAUGUCACAUCUUGCAGGAAGAGUUCAUUAUUCAGAACUAAUGACAGCACAGGCAAUAUCAGGAACUAAUGGACCAUUUGAGAGACUGACUGAUGCUACUAUUGCUAUUUUACAGGAUACAGGAAAUUAUAAAUGCAAUUAUUAUAUGGCACAGCCUCUUGUUUGGGGAAAUCCCGAAUCUAAUAAAGAGGCUAAGUUUUUCGAUGACUUCGCCACAGGAAUUCCUUCAGAAAAGUUUCCAUCUCAUUAUCUCCACAGAACAGAAAACGAUACAAUGAGGGCGACAUCAUUUGAUUUCAAGCAUUAUGGCGGAUUUGCGGGUUUCUUUUUAGAUUCAAAUGUCAGAUGUCCAAAUGACAAUGUAAUGUACAAGAAAUAUUGCGAAGCAAGGUAUAAUUAUUAUAAUCCAGACAAAAAGGAAUUCGUGCAGCCAUUGGAUAUGUUCGAUUUCAUUAAUGUAACAUAUCCUAAAAACGCAUGUGAUAGUGGUUUCGCUAUUUUGCCAGGAGCUAUAUAUGAACCUGGUGUUGAAGAGAAGUGCUCGUUCUAUAUAUGCAACAAGUUCGAGAGUUUUGACAUUUAUUUAGAUAAUUACAGUGUGAAAGAUGACAAAUAUGACUUUAAGAAGAUAACCUGUGAUAAAAAUACUAUUGGUAAGACGUAUAUGCACAAAAUGAAAGGAUAUGAUGAGAAAACAAAGAAGAAUUAUGAAGCAAUUAAAUAUUCUACUUGUCCUGAUCCAGAAAUCUUCUGCAGAACUGUGAAAUUACAUGAAACAACACUUAUUGCAGAUCCCUUUGAUGAAAACACAACUCAAUUAGUUGAACCUGAUCCAUAUGAUCCAGAGCCAGAGCCAACAGAUGAACCAGAUGAUCCCGAUGAUCCUGACGACCCUGAUCCAACAGAAGAGCCUGAAAACCCUGACGACCCAUUUGAAGAUGACACUUCUUCAUCAUCAAUAUCAACUUAUAUUUCUCCCACAGAAAUUUCAUCAUCAACAACAACACAUUUAGAUCCAUCAAUCUCAACUUCAACAACAACAACACACACAGAUCCAUCAAUCUCAACUUCACCAACCACAACACACACAGAUCCAUCAAUCUCAACUUCAACAACAACAACACAUACAGAAUCAUCAAUCUCAACUUCAUCAUCAACAACAAAACAUUCUGAAUCCGAAAUUAUUUCACCAUCAUCUGAAAAAGUUCCAACAUUUUCAUCAACUAUUACUGAAAAUACACCUAAUACUGGAUCUUCUCAUUAUGUCGAUCCAAGUUCUAGUUCGAAUAGUUCUGAUGCAUCAAAUGAAGGAAAAGAUGAUGAUUCCCAUAAAAAUGAUCCAAAUAAAAAAGGCUUAUCUAAGAUGCAGCUUAUAUUAAUUUUAGGUAUCAGUGGUGGCCUAGUUAUUUUUAUUAUUAUAAUAGUAUCUGUUAUAUUGAUACAAAAGAGAUCAAGGAGAAAGGAUGGUUACAGCACAGAAGAUGUUCUUCGUCAAGAUUUUCUUAUUUAA